GUGAGUUAAGGUUUGACUCUCCUUCGCAGCAAAAUUUAUAGGUUUUGUUUUUCUUUAAUUUUACAUCACAAAUUUGCCAAAUCUGAAUUCCAAUUCCAUACUCUAUUUCUCUUGCACUUCCUCUCUGAGCUUCAACUGCUUUUGCUUCUGAUUACUUAGGUAUAGAUGCUGGGAAAAGGUGUCUCGAGGGAGCACUUUCAGCCCCGGACAUGUUCCGGGAAGAAUUCAUCAAAAACUGGUCAGGCAAAAAGAGAUUUAGAGAAUAUUGUGUACAUUGACUUAGAUAGUGAUCAAUUUGAUGAUGUAGUAAUCCUAGAAGGUCCUGAGGUUGUUUCGAAAAAAUUGAAUGGAUCCAGUGGGCCAAGUAGAAACAGAACAUUGACACCUCAGAGUGUUAUAAGCAUUGAUGACGAUGAUGACGAUGGAAGUGAUGAUGUGGAUAAUCCUAGAGUUAAUGCUGAAGGUGUUGGAGAGUUGGAUAGUGAUGCCUCUUCAAGCAAAAGGUUUACUUCGGCCUCAAGUUCUGCGCGAAAUUCAGUACGCAUAGAUGUCGACGAUUGUGAUGUCUAUGAAAAAGAUUCUGCAUCUAAGAGGCAAAAAAGUAAGGGAGUAUUUUCUUCAAAGGCUUCUGAAAGAAAUUGUUAUGGUUUAUAUGGGUCUGAAAAUGAGUCAUCUGAUAGUGAUUGUUCUGAUUGUGAGCUUAUGGAGGAUCGUGAACAAUGGGAAAAGGUAUCGGCAAUGAAAAAGAGCCGUGUAUUUAAUGAUCAAUCUCGUCAUGAUGAGCAUGCCAGCUCUUCUGGUUUACAUAGUAAUGAUUACAUUAAUAUAGAAGUGAAAAAUAGGUCUGAAAAGCUUGGUAAAAGCCCUGCAUAUGGUCCUAGCAGUAGUAAAUAUGUCAAGGAGAAUCAAUCCUCCUUCACUGUUAAGGAUGAUAUUGGGCAUGGAGAAAGGACAACUAGAGAAAAAGCUCCUGCCUGUCCAAAGUCUAAAAAUUGUGAUUUCGGUAAUGGUAUUACUGGUUCUUCAAGGUUCACGAAAGAACUGGGUGAUGAAGAGUCUAAGUUUAUGAGCUCCAGCCAAGAUGAGCAUGACAGGAAAGUUGACAACUAUAAAACUCCAUUAAGGAGUAAAGAGUCAAAAUUUAUGAGCUCCAGCCAAGAUGAACAUACUGGGAAAGUUGACAACGAUAAAACUCCAUUGAGGAGUAAAGAGUCUAAAUUUAUGAGCUCCGACCAAGAUGAACAUGACAGGAAAGUUGACAACGAUGAAACUCCAUUGAGGAGUAAAUGUGACAAUAUAACUCCAUUGAGGAGUAAAUGUGACAAUAUUUCUGAAGGGAAUUCUAACAGUGCUUCUUUUGAUGAAAGGAAUUUUAAUGGUCAUGAGUUUGAGUUACAUACUCAAGAUGGUGGUAGUACCGCUUCCGAGGAGAGAAAUAUAAUUAAUGAAAGAGAAAAGCUUAAGGAGACCGAUGAAUAUAAACAAGCCAUGGAAGAGGAAUGGGCAUCCAGACAGAAACAACUGCAAAUUCAGGCAGAGGAAGCACAAAGAUUGCGUAAAAGAAAAAAGGCUGAAAGUAGUAGAGUGUUGGACAUGAAAAGAAAGCAAAAAGAACGCAUUGAAGAAAUGAGAGAGACGGAUAAGAAGGAUGAAGAAAUUAUGAACAUGAAAGAGAAACUGCGGGCUGAAAUACAGAAGGAGCUUAAUCAAUUGAAGAAUCAAUGCACAGAUAUGACCUCGCUACUUCGUAGCUUAGGAAUAAAUGUGGGUGAAAGUCGUACCGCUGUGCCCCACGAGGUGCAUGCUGCCUAUAAACGGGCUAUGUUUAAGUUCCACCCAGAUCGUGCAUCAAAAACUGAUAUUCGUGCACAGGUUGAGGCUGAGGAGAAAUGCAAGUUCAUCACGGCCAUGAAGGAGAAGUUUUUAUCAUUUUCAUAUCGCUAGAUAAAUUCUAACGUCGGAAUGGAUAUGGUAGGUGUUUUUAAUGUGAAGCGCCAAUGCUUCAUUGUUUUUUGUAUUAUUAUUUUUUUUUAUAUUUACUAUUUAGUCUUGCCUUCCUUCCCCCCAAAAUUUAAUGGUAGGAUUAUAGGUUAAAGAACUAGAACUUGUAAAGGUGAUAACUCGUUGGAAAUGUCAAAUUUUUUAAGAUGGAAUGUUAAUUGCAUCGUCUUGAUGUAUUCGGUACAUGUUAGUGUCAUAUUGAAGAACUGGGCUAGCAAAAAAGACUGACUGCAACAAAGGGACCUUCUACUAACAUGGCAACUGCUAUCCCCGCCCCAUUUUUUGUUAUUCAUAUCCCCCUCUAAUGUAUGCCCUUAUUUCUGCUUCUCUCCUACUGCUAGGUAUGUCAACAUGUACCCUCUACACGAAGAUUAUUUAGGAGGAUAAUAAUUUCCUCAAACCAUUUAAGCGUCGUUUGGUCUCUGUUAUGAAGAAUAUUACAAAAUUAUACUUAUUGUCUAAAUACUAUAUUACAGUUAUUGACA